UCCUCUCUGCCGCUCUCUCUCUCUGUCACGGCUGAAUGGCUUUUAGGUGUAGGGAGUCUUUGAUUAAGUGGAGCUGCUACUGCUUGCUAUUUCCUUGUUUUUGUGGGCCUAUGGAUUUGAGUUCUCUGCUUGCAUGUAGAGGAGGGGUUUCGGUUUAAGGAGUCUUUUGAUUUCCUGCUAAGUAUAUGGAGCUCUGAUUUCCUGCUAUGGAUUUGAGUUCUCUGUUUGUCGAAUUUGUGUAGUCUCAAGCAUUAGCCACCAAAGCCUCAGUUCGGCUGAAACUUUUUCCGUGCAAUAUUGAUUUGUAAUGUAUUGGUUUUGUGUUAUAGUUUGUAAUGAGUUGCUUCCAUUUGAUUUUAGCCUUCAUUUCUGUUCAUGAUGGUGAAAAGUUUUCUUAAGUUUUAUAGUGAAAAGUUUCCAUUUCAGUUUUCUUAAGUUUUAUAGCGAAAAGUUUCCAUUUUCUUAAGUUUCAGUUCAAUUUCAGUUUUAUGACUGAAACUUUCCAUUAUUUAGUGAAAAGUUUUCUUAAGUUUUAUGAGUUGGAACCUGAAGCUCCUUUCUCACCUAUAUAAACUGUAUUUUAGCUGCGUAUCCUACUUAACCUACUGAGUUGAGCUGAGGUGUUGAGCUUAUUAACUUGCUUUGAUCGAAAUUGAACUGAAAUUGAUGAAUUUGGUCCAAUUGAAAUUGCCGAAUUGCUCAACGAUCUGAUUUGUGCAGAUGUCUCCUCAGAAGAAGAAAGUAAAGCGCAAGCAGAAGGCCCUCACCCACACCCGACGUCCAAGGUCCCUCAUCUGUUUCGGACUACAUUUUGAACCUUGGAGUUCAACCUUCCUCUUCAAAUCCCUGUGGACCUGCCGCAAUGUCCAGUCUUGUUGAAGUGGCCAAUCCUGCUGCCUCCAGUCCCGCUACGGCCAGUCCCGUUGUGGCUGCUAGUCCCACUGUGGCCGGAAGUCCUGCUGCAGCCACUAGUGCCGCUGUGGAUCAACCCCAAUUACAACCAUGAACAUGAUUCUGUAGUAGGACACCUCAGCAUGGUUUCCCAUUGCUUAUGGACCAACCCCAACCACGACUCCUUAUCAGGACACCUCAGCUGGAUGGAUCCCCGUUGCCUGUGGAUCAACCCCAAGAAUGAUGCCGUAGCGGGACACCUCAGCAGGAUGGGUCCCCACCUGCGGCGCAAUCGGCACCGCCAUCUUCAGCAGGAUCAAUCAAUCCUAAGGUUUUUUUGCUACGUGAAGGGAAGGGCGGAUGAGUUUCCAUUGCUUAUGUCAUGAUAUUAUUUAAACGUAGCACAAAUAAUAUGAAAUGAUUAGCUUAUGAAUGUAUGAUGGUCAUUGCAAAUUUCGUCCAUCGAAUCAAGGUAUCUCGAAGUUAAUGAAGAUAGUGAAGAGCCAAUUUAAAAAGCCUUGGACUACAUGGAGCAAGAUUCCAAAGAAGGUCCGGGCAACUUGGUUUAGGGAGUGGAAGAAAUAUGUAUAUUGGGAUCCAAGUGAUGAUGAGCACAUGGAGAAGGCAUUCAAUAAGAGAGGUGGUAAGCGGUUGACACAGAUUUUUUCUAUAGCACGGAAGAUAGAUAAAAGGCCUGGAUGGAUGGGUGAGACCCUAUGGAAUGAACUGAGGCAGAAACGGCUUGAGGAUCCUGACCACAUGAAGAUAUGUGCACAGAACGCGGCGAAUCUCGGCAAAAGCUGGAUCGCUCCAUAUGGGAGGAAGCAUAUCUCCCGGCACAACGAUGAUGAAGAUGGAUUUAAAACAACGUCCCACUAUCAUGGAGGUAUACCUAAAGGUCCACCAGUCAUAUGAUGAAAAAUGGGUAGAGCCAAGGGCAGAAAUGAUCUGGAAUGAGGCCAAGGCGAUCAGAGAGGUACAGGAGAUCCUGAAUUAUGACGGAACUCCGAUUCCUAUCUCUGAGCUGACUGAUGCAAAAGUUCUGGCUUUGGCAUUGGGGAGCUGGAGCAAGAAGGGUCGAAUUUGCGGUUUGAGCUUCCUCAACGAGUUACCCUUUUCCGGUUUCAGAGGUCAGGACAUCGCUGGCUCUUCUCGUGGGUUCGAAGAUGAAAUAAAUACUAUGAGGCAGCGAGUGGAUGAACUCAACCAGGCCAUACGUGCACGGGUGGAGUUUGAGAGGAGUCAGCGGGCCAACAGAGAGCGAGAAUUGAGGAGGGAGUUUAAAGAGGAGUUGAGGGAUCUCAAAAGGUCCCACAAGUCGGCCAAGAUGAUGAUCGCCUGGAAGAGCAUUAUGAGUGCUCAGCAAAAGAUGUUCGAGAAACUCAGUUGGAUAAUUGUUUUAAAUAAAAUGAGCCUAAUUCGGACACGAGCCCAUGUGCAACCCAAAAACUUAAGUCAAUAGGUUACUGGGCCUUUGUCUUUUAUACACUUCUCUCAUAUUUUCCUUUCAACCGGUGUGGGACAUUUUGUCCUCUCACACUCCCCAAUUUUUCUCUAACAAACUCCAUCAGGAUCUCAUGUGGUUGAAGAGACAGCAUUCAUCCUUGCAAGGGGAUUUCUCUUAUGCUCCUCAAGCCGAAGAUGGGGGUGAUGAUGAUGGCUCCGAUAGCUCUGAUACUGACUCUGAUAGCUCUGGUUCUGCCUCCAGUGACCACCUAGUGGUGGAGCAUUUCUUCGAGGAUGAAGUUUAGGUGUGUUCAGUUUAUAUUUUAGUCGGUGUCAUGAGACUCGGUUUAUGUUUUGUGGUUAUUUUUUAUGGUAUUGGAUUACGUUUGCAAUGGUGUUGGAUUAAAUUUGGAAAUGAUCGGGAUAUGAAUUUGUGGUUUUUAUGGAUGAAAAGCUGGUUACAUAUGUGUGGAUUUGUGGUAUG